AUGCCAAACAAGAAAACCUGCCCACCAUGUCCGGGAACAUCCAAGAUAGAUCUAUCAGAUUUGGGGGUAACACCUUCUGAUCUGGCAGAGACUUCUGAUGUCUUAACUGGUCAAUCCCCAAUAGCAGCUAUUCCAUCUACAUCUUCAGGGUGUGAUUUCUCCAAGCAGAGAGAACAUGAACUAUUAGCUCUCCUCAAAAAUUAUUGGUCCCAAAUUGAGGACCCGUUGGACCAAAAGAUUAUUGAUGUCCUAGAGGAUCUAUGUGAUGUAGUGCAUGACACUCGACGAAGUCUUUUAUCGAAGUAUCGAAACUUGAUACAAAUAACAGGGGAUGAUCUAUCAAUAAUCAUGGACGGGAUCCUGGUAGAUAUGACAGAUAGUUACCGAACCCUACAUGCCUCAGUUAAAAUGGCAGUUAUUUCUUACUCGGCUGCAAUAGCUCGAAAUGCUCGAGCAGCCUUGUCUGAUAUUGCAACUACUGCCACGGACUUAGUAACGGUGGCAGCCAAUUCAAUGGCUCAGUAUGAUGCAUUCAAGCAAUCACUGGACCAUAUAUCACGAUCAUGGAAUAACACAGCGAGUAGCAUGACCAAUUACAUGAGUGAAGUUGAUAAAAAGCUGCUUGUAUUGAAUCAUCUUACUUCGUCCCUGAAGUCCACCAGAGGACCUCCUUCCACUGAUUCUGGAUAUUCUCCAGAUCCUAUAGUCGGCGCAAGUCUUAUUCUUGUUUCAGGAUCCCCAUACAGAUCAACCAUGGGCACAUUGAACUUUUCAGAUGAUCAAAGUAUUGGUUUUGUUGGAUCCAGUAAUGAGGGACAACUACUUGGGGAGCUUAUAAAGGCACUCAACAAACCAAAACCAAUUGAGAAAGUACUAAAUAAGGACUUGAAUUUACUGAUUAUUUAUCUGAAGAAGAAUCCAGAUUUUAUUCCAAAUUACACCAAUGCUACCAAAGAACUCAGAGCAAAUUACAGAAAAAAGAAAAUAAUAAGUCCAACGAAAGUUCAAAAAAUACAAUAG